GCCGGAUACACCAUGGACGCCGAGCUUGCGACCAAGGAGGCUGCGCUCGCCGAGGUCGAGCUCGAGAUGCAGCUGCUCCUGCAGCGGCAGAUGGAGCUCCAAGAGGAGAUAGAUGCGCUGCGACGACGCCGGAAGCGCCAGAAGACGUCGGCGCCAGAGCCCACCGACGCCAUUGAGGCCAUCGCAACCGUUGUCGUGACGCCGGCGAUGCUGGCCGCGACGCUUCAGCACGAGUUUCACCUCGAGACCUUUCGCCCAACACAAGAAGCCGUGAUCCAGACCACGCUGCGCAAGCAGGAUGCGUUUGUCAUCAUGCGCAGCGGGGGCGGCAAGAGCCUCUGCUACCAGCUUCCCGCCGUGCUGGAAAAGGCAGCUGGCUUUACUCUCGUCAUUUCGCCGCUCGUCUCGCUCAUCCACGACCAAGUGAUGCACUUUUGCCGCAUCUACGGCGACGGCGCCGCGUGCACGCUCACGGGCGAGACCUCGCGCCAAGACGCGUCGGCCAUUUACGCGCGACUCCUCGGCAAAGACGAGACGCCGCUUUUGCUGCUCUUUGUGACCCCCGAGAAGAUCUCGGGCAGCAAGUUACUCAUGUCGCGCCUCGAGAAGGCGUACCACGCCAAGCGGCUCCAGCGAUUCGUGAUCGACGAAGCCCACUGCUGCAGCCAGUGGGGCCACGACUUUCGACACGACUAUGCCAAGCUCGGGAUCCUCAAGCGACAAUUCCCUGCUGUGCCAUUGCUCGCGCUCACGGCGACCGCGACGCCCUCGGUCAUUGACGACGUCAAGAAGCUGCUCGAGAUUCCGCACUGCGCGUUCUUCCACACGUCGUUCCUGCGCCCCAAUUUGCACUACGAAGUCCGACGCAAAGAUGCCUCGGACGCGACUGCGACUCUGGACCUCGUGCGCUGCGUGCAGGCGUUCGCGCCGACCUCGGCCGGCAUCGUCUACUGCCUCAGUCGCAAGGAAACCGAGACGUUGGCCGCCGCGCUCUCCGAGGCCGGUGUCGCCGCAGGGUACUACCACGCCCACCACCCCGACCGCCACGCGGUGCACACGGCGUGGGUCGCAGGCAACCUCCAGGUCAUGGUGGCCACGAUCGCGUUCGGACUCGGCAUCAACAAGCCCGACGUGCGCUUUGUCAUCCACGCCACCAUGUCCAAGUCGCUCGAAGGCUACUACCAAGAAUCGGGCCGCGCCGGCCGCGACGGGGCCCCGGCUCACUGCAUUUUGUACUAUAGAUCGAUGGACGUGCCCCGGGUCGCGGCGCUCGUCCACGCCGAGCGCGACGGCCUUGCCAACUUUACGUCGAUCGUGAGCUACUGCAGUGCGCGCGAAGAGUGCCGGAAAGUGCACAUGGGCGCGUACUUUGCCGAAACCAUCGACGCAUGCGGGAAUUCGUGCGACAUUUGCGACGGUGCCCCGGCCUCGACGUCGAUUUCGAGCUCCGACCAAGCACAGCAAGUGCUCGCGACGCUGCAGGCAGCCAAGACCAAAGAGAAGCGGUAUACGCUCAAGCAGCUCGUGGACGAGUGCCUUUUGACGAAGCGAGGCCUCCAAUGGCCCGACACAAUUGACGCCAAGAAGGUUCCCAAGGGGGUGCUUCGCGACGUGAUCGAAGCUUGGAUCGUCCAGCUCGUCCAAAUGCGUGUGCUGCGAUGGGAAUUUUCCUUCACUGCGUAUGCCACCAAUACGUACGUGUCGCCCGACUACUUGGCGGCCAAGGUGCUGCGCGGCGAUUUGCCGGAUGUCCCACACUUGACGCUGCCAUGCCAAGUGGAGGACGACCGACGCGGCUUCUUGACGAUGCUUCGACAGACACUGAGCGAUGCGCGGCGGGUGCCACCGUGCAGCCUCUGGACCCAUGGUCAACAAGAGGCUGUCUUGGCCCUCCCAACACCGAUAUCCCUGGCGGAUGUCGACGCCAUCGUCGGCGCCACCUGCGCGCGCGACGUGUUCGUCAUCGUGGGGUCCUCGGCGUCUGCGACACGUGAGGCGGCAACCACAGACAACUUGAUCGACUUGACGGACAGCUAAAAGAGCUCCGCAUCUUCUCUUC